GUUGUAAGGUGCGCGCGUUUUGGCCAAGCAAAAAUAACAACAAAAUGGUUUUUUUAACGAGCGCAAGGCAAAAACACAAGUUGAAAACACAAUAAAAGCACGCUAUAAAGGGCAUCUAAACAGCCAAAUACUUACAGUAUUAACGCGGAGUUGGUAAAGCGAGAGCAGCGUACGCCACAGCCUGCUAAAUUAAUUAUUACACAACAAAUAAAUCAAAAAAGUGCCACCGACAGUUUCCAAUUGGCAGCGUGCGGCCGAAAAUAGCUUGUAAACAAAGCGAUCGCUAGGAAUAGGAAUAGGAAAAAGAAGCGCUCAACGUCAUUGACCUACAAAUUAGUCGUUGUCAUUGCCAAGCGAGAAUACAUUGCAGCCACUUCCCACAUUUACAUCCCACUAAAGAGCACGUGCAUCCCCUACAUCCAUAAUGGCCAGUCGACAAAUGACCAACGACCACCUCCACCUUUCCUGGCACGACACCCAAAUGAUGGCCACCUUAAGCCCGCAGAGCGUCAUGGACUACUUCUGUCGCAAAUCGAAUCCUUUUUACGACCAUAUGUGCAAUAACGAGACUGUUCGGAUGCAGCGUCUUGGUCCGGAGCACCUGCACAACAUGAUUGGUCUGGAAUAUAUUUUGCUACAUGUUGCGGAACCUAUUCUCUAUGUCAUUCGUAAGCAACACCGGCAUAACCCUUCGGAGGCUACUCCCAUAGCCGACUACUACAUCAUCGGUGGCACGGUCUACAAGGCACCCGAUCUAGCAAACGUCAUCAACGCCCGCAUACUCAACACAGUGGUGAACCUGCAAUCUGCAUUUGAAGAAGCCAGCAGCUAUGCCCGAUACCAUCCCAACAAGGGAUACACUUGGGACUUCUCCUCUAAUAAAGUUUUGUCUGACAAAUCCAAGUCUGAUAAGAAGGACGCCAACUCGGCGAAGGAUGAGAACAGCGGCACAUUGUUUCAGAAGCAGCGCGUGGACAUGCUACUUGCGGAACUACUGCGAAAAUUUCCCCCACCCAUACCACCAAUGUUGCAGAAUCUCCAGCAGCCGCUGCCAUCGGGUGAAGAGUUAAACCCUGCUGGAAACGCCGCAGAUAUGAACAAUGCUACGGGACCACUGGACAUCAAAACGGAGGGUGUAGACAUGAAACCACCGCCCGAAAAGAAGAGCAAGUGAUUUGGUUAAUGUGCAUUUAAACUGGGAGAGAUUAAAGUACAUUUAACUUA